AUGGAUAUCCAGGACUUUAGCAGCCACGUGAAACUAUUACGAGUUACCGCUUGGGCUAGGCGGUUUAUUGACAGAUGCAAGAAGGCAGCCCAAUCGUCCGCACUGUGGAUUACCGCCGAGGAAAUCAAUGCAGCCGAUGAGUACUGGAUAAAGGUUGCUCAGCAAGAGAGCUUCCCUCACGAGGUGCAGGAACUGAAACGUGGCUGCGCCAUUCCGAAGGCUUCCAAGAUUGGCAAGUUGCAACCCUACUUGGACAAGUAUGGGAUCAUGAGAUUAAAGGGACGCCUGGAAUUUUCACCAGAAACCGAGACUGUAAAGCACCCAAUAAUUUUAGACAAACGUCAUAGGCUGUCUUACCUGAUUGUUAACAGCGCACAUCGGCGGACCCAGCACGGCGGUGUCCAGGCCACUAUGAACGACGUUCGCGAAAGGUUGUGGGUUACGCAAGCUCGACAACUAAUGAAAAGUGUACUCGCAAGGUGCGGUACGUGUCGACGUCUUCGAGCGCAGGCAGCGACGUCUCCGAUGGCACCGCUGCCACCGGACCGAGUACAUCGAGGCCACCCCUUCGAAACAGUGGGCAUCGACUUCGCCGGGCCACUGUACGUCUCGAGCAAGAAAAACUCCGACAAAUCGUACGUCGCGUUAUUCACUUGUGCGACGUCAAGGGCAUUGCACUUGGAACUAGUGUCGGACCUCACCGUAGACUCCUUCCUGCUAGCUAUGCGCCGUUUUAUCGCUCGUCGCGGGACCCCAUCCACUAUUUACUCCGAUAACGCGCUCACGUUUAAACGCGCCGAAAAGGAGUUCAAAGCACUCUGGUCUGUCCUGCGACACGACAGAACACAAGGGUAUCUAUCCUCAAGACAGAUUCGGUGGAAGUUCAUCCCAGAGAAAGCGGCAUGGUGGGGGGGCUGGUGGGAGAGGCUCGUGCGAAGUGUCAAAGACUCUCUCAGGAAGAUACUCGGCAAGCAAAGCCUCAACUUCGAACAGCUACAGACUGUUCUUCAAGAUGCCGAAGCAGCCAUAAACUCCCGACCGCUUACAUACUUGGCAGCGAACCCGUCGGAGACACGAGCACUUACGCCAGCCCACCUGCUCAUCGGAAAAAGCCUACUUUCUUUCCCCGAGCCUCAUACUAACCCGAAGGUAGUUUCUACUUCAGAAGCACUUACCAGAAGAUGGAUCCACUGCCGACUGUUAGCCGACCACUUCUGGAAACGGUGGCGGGCCGACUACUUGCUGCAGCUAAGGUCAGCACACAUAGUUUCUCCAGUCGGAAGCAAUGAAAUUAAGGAGGGUGACAUUGUGCUCAUGCACGAAGAAAAGACUCCGCGACUUCUGUGGAAAACUGUUUGUGUAACGGAGAACCACCGCGGACAAGAUGGACACGUCAGAGCAUGUUCUGUGCUACUCCCAACUGGAAAGACGACAAGAAGACCAGUGCAACUGUUGUACCCUCUCGAAACAGUCUUGGAAAGUAGCUAG